UUUUUAGUGAGAGGAUGUUAUCGGCACGAACUCACCCAACUUGUUACGUUCUCCUUUUCUUGGGGUAUAAAUAACAUUGGAUUAAUACCCGAUUAGCGUUGAACAUAAUUCUUGCUACCAAAAAUGUCCACUAGGUGGCAGCACUAUGGUUGACAACCGAACUUUGAACAGGUGGCCAACAGUUUUUUUUUUUUUUUUUAACAACGCAAUUUAAGUAAAUUGUUAUGGCCAUAGGCCUAUUAAUCCAUUAAGGUAUUCACACUAUUAUCACACUAUUUUUUGUGAGAUGACGCCAUCUGCACGAACAUACCCUCUCACUCAACAAGGAAGUAAUUUGCCACGUGCAUCAGUCUCUGGCAAAACGAAACUGAACUGUCGCUUUUCAAGUUUUGUAAAGUGAUUCAGAGGGCCUUGGCAGAGAGAAUGGCAGAAGCAACUUCAUAUAACCAGGACGUUUUCACAUGUCCGAUUUGUUUGGAUCUACUGAAGGAUCCAGUGACUAUUCUCUGUGGACACAGUUACUGUAUGGGCUGCAUUAAGGGCUGCUGGGAUCAGGAAGAUCAGAAGGGAGUUUACAGCUGCCCCCAGUGCAGACAGAGUUUCUCUCCAAGACCCGUUUUACACAAAAAUAAUAGUUUUGCUGAGCUUGUGGAGCAGACCAGGAAGACCAGAAUCCAUACUCCUUCUCUUGCUGACCGUUUUACUGAACCUGGAGAUGUGGAGUGUGACGUCUGCACUGGGAGAAAACUCAAAGCUGUCAAGUCCUGUCUGGAAUGUCUGGUGUCUUACUGUGAAACUCACUAUGAAGUUCACAAUAAUAUUCACCCAGGAAGAAAACACUCCGUGAUUGAAGCCACUGGCCAGCUACAAGAGAGGAUCUGCUCUCAACAUAAGAAGAUUUUUGAAAUAUUUUGUCGAACCGAUCAGACUUGUAUCUGCUAUCCGUGCACGAUGGACGAACAUAAAGGCCAUGACACAGUCACUGCUGCGGCAGAAUGGACUGACAAACAGAAGCAGUGCAGGGAGACCCAAAGUAAAAUGCAGCAGAGAAUCCAGGAGAGAGAGAAGGAGCUGCAGGAGCUGAGGAAGGCUGUGGAGACUCUCAAGAGCUCUGCACAGACAGCAGUGGAGGACAGUGAGAAGAUCUUUACUGAGAUGAUCCGCUCCAUUGAGAGAAGGUGCUCUGAGGUGAAAGAGCUGAUCAGAGAUCAGGAGAAGGCUGAGGUGAGUCAGGCUGAAGGACUCCUGAAGCGACUGGAGCAGGAGAUUGCUGAGCUGAAGAGGAGAGAUGCUGAGCUGGAGCAGCUUUCACACACAGAGGAUCACAUCCUUUUCCUCAAGUGUUUCCAGUCCGUCAGUGACCCAUGUCAGUCUAAAGACUUAUCCUGCAUCUCUGUGAACCAAGGCGUCUCUUUUGAGGCUGUGAAGAAAUCCGUCUCCUCACUAAAGGGGCAGCUGGAGAAUUUCUGCAAGGAGGAAGUCAUGAAGAUAUCUGCAGCAGUGACUGAAGUCCAUGCCAUUCUGACCGAACCGGUGACCAGAGAGGAUUUUUUACAAUACUCCUGUCACUUCACACUGGAUCCAAACACAGCACAAGGAAACCUCCAUCUGUCUGAGGGGAACAGGAGGGUGGAAUGGAGAGAUGAGGUCCAGUCAUAUCCUGAUCAUCCAGAGAGAUUUGAUUGGUGGUAUCAGGUGCUGUGUAGAGAGGGUGUGUCUGGACGCUGCUACUGGGAGGUUGAGUGGAGUGGGGAGGUUUCUAUAGCAGUCUCAUAUAAAAGCAUCAGCAGGACAGGAGGUGAUGAGAGUAGGUUUGGAUGUAAUGAUCAGUCCUGGUGCCUGGACGUCUCCAGCAGCAGCUCCUCUUUCGGGCACAAUAAUAAAGAGACUAAACUCCCUCUGGUGGCCAGCUCAAGAAUAGGAGUGUAUGUGGAUCACAGAGCAGGAACUCUGGCCUUCUACAGCAUCUCUGACACAAUGACCCUCCUGCACAGAGUCCAGACCACAUUCACUCACACACUCUACCCUGGGUAUGAGCUAGAUAUGGGAUCAUCAGUGAAGCUGUUAAGCGGUUCAAAGGGCCUUAGAAGAAUGGCAGACGCAACUCCGUAUAACCAGGACCUUUUCACAUGUCCGAUUUGUUUGGAUCUACUGAAGGAUCCAGUGACUAUUCUCUGUGGACACAGUUACUGUAUGGGCUGCAUUAAGGGCUGCUGGGAUCAGGAAGAUCUGAAGGGAGUUUACAGCUGCCCCCAGUGCAAACAUACUUUCUCUCCAAGACCGGUUUUAUACAAAAAUAACAUUUUUGCUGAGCUUGUGGAGCAGACCAGGAAGACCAGAAUCCAUACUUCUCUUGCUCACGGUUUUGCUGGACCAGGAGAUGUGGAGUGUGACGUCUGCACUGGGAGAAAACUCAAAGCUGUCAAGUCCUGUCUGGAAUGUCUGGUGUCUUACUGUGAAACUCACUAUGAAGUUCACAAUGAUGUAAACCCAGGAAGAAAACACUCAGUGAUUGAAGCCACUCGCCAGCUACAAGAGAGGGUGUGCUCUCGACAUAAGAAAAUUUUUGAAAUAUUUUGUCGAACCGAUCAGAGUUGUAUCUGCUAUCCGUGCAUGAUGGACGAACAUAAAGGCCAUGACACAGUCACUGCUGCAGCAGAACGGACUGACAAACAGAAGCAGUGCAGGGAGACCCAGAGUAAAAUGCAGCAGAGAAUCCAGGAGAGAGAGAAGGAGCUGCAGGAGCUGAGGAAGGCUGUGGAGACUCUCAAGAGCUCUGCACAGACAGCAGUGGAGGACAGUGAGAGGAUCUUUACUGAGAUGAUCCGCUCCAUUGAGAGAAGGUGCUCUGAGGUGAAAGAGCUGAUCAGAGCUCAGGAAAAGGCUGAGGUGAGUCGGGCUGAAGGACUCCUGAAGCGACUGGAGCAGGAGAUUGCUGAGCUGAAGAGGAGAGAUGCUGAGCUGGAGCAGCUUUCACACACAGAGGAUCACAUCCAUUUCCUCAAGUGUUUCCAGUCCGUCAGUGACCCAUGUCAGUCUAAAGACUCAUCCUGCAUCUCUGUGAACCAAGGCAUCUCUUUUGAGGCUGUGAAGAAAUCUGUCUCCUCACUAAAGGGGCAGCUGGAGAAUUUCUGCAAGGAGGAAGUCAUGAAGAUAUCUGCAGCAGUGACUGAAGUCCAUGCCAUUCUGACUGAACCGGUGACGAGAGAGGAUUUUUUACAAUACUCCUGUCACUUCACACUGGAUCCAAACACAGCACAAGGAAAGCUCCAUCUGUCUGAGGGGAACAGGAGGGUGGAGCGGAGCGAUGAGGUCCAGUCAUAUCCUGAUCAUCCAGAGAGAUUUGAUGUGUGGCAACAAGUGCUGUGUAGAGAGGGUGUGUCUGGACGCUGCUACUGGGAGGUUGAGUGGAGUGGGGGGUGGGGGGUUUAUAUAUCAGUCUCAUAUAAAAGCAUCAGCAGGAAAGGUGGGGGUAAGGAGUGUAGGUUUGGAUGUAAUGAUCAGUCCUGGAGGCUGAGACUCUCCAGCACCAGCUCCUCUUUCUGGCACAAUAAUAAAGAGACUGAACUCCCUCUAGUGGUCAGCUCCAGAAUAGGAGUGUAUGUGGAUCACAGGGCAGGAACUCUGGCCUUCUACAGCAUCUCUGACACAAUGACCCUCCUGCACAGAGUCCAGACCACAUUCACUCACACACUCUACCCUGGGCUUUGGCUUGAGUCUGGAUCAUCAGUGAAGCUGUUGUGACUGACAUACAGAUCAAUGCUGUUAUCACAUCUCUGCACACAGCCAUAAACACACCACAUCUCAUCACCACACAUAUAACACACCACACCCAUGUAAGGAUCUGGCAGCUGGGCCUGAGGGUCUCUGAUCUUGGGGUGAACAUCAGACUAAAGCCAUUCACACAUCUGUGGACCACAGCGAUUACAUUACUGCACCUCUGGACUUCUGCUGUAACUCACAUCACCACACCACACAUAAGACAUUGUGUGAGGAAUGCCUUGAUGAGUCCAGUGUUUCACCUUCUGUCCCUCUCCCACAAUCCUUUUCCUCUCCCUCCUGCCAUGUCAUUUUCAUGAGGCUGUAUUAAAGAAUGUUAAUCGAAUGUUAGCCCCUUUUUUAUUGUACAUAUGGCUGAUGUAAGAUCUGCUAUGAAGCUAAUUAGGUUUUGUUGAUGAGAAGUAAAUCUCUCAUCACUUUUUUCAGAAAACAAACUGGUCACUAAUAAAAUGCACUGUUCUUGCUGUAAAAUAACAAGCAUGGCUGCCCCAAUCACCAAAGACUUGCAAACAAAAUUAAUGAUAUGUUUUGGGUCUCAUAUAAUGGUGCAUGUUACAUUUACAUUUUUAAUAAACACUCUUAGAAACAA